UUUGAUUGGAUCAUGUGGCAGCGGCUUUCCAAGAUAACAAAUGAAAUUAUUCCUAACUAAAUAACCGAUGUAAACCGGAACCACGUGUGUUUGUUUACCACAAAAUGUCAUUUACCUUCAAUUUUCCAGAUCCUGAAAAUAGUGAGAAUGCAGUUCAAGAAGAAAAACAGGAAAAGGAAGAUGAAGGUGAUGAAAUCGAUCAUGUUGAACAAUUUAGAGAAAUAUUUACUUCAGAAGCAGUUCAGGCAACAGACCUACCCACAUUUUCGUAUGAAAUGUCAGAUUGUGUUUGUAUAAAGUGUGUAGACAGUCAGGCUGUAGAAACUAGGCUAUGUGAUGAACAAAGAUUUACAUGUGGUGUCACAGCAGCAGCCAAUCAACAUUCAGAUCUUAUACCUAAUGUUUAUGAAGGUGGUUUGAAGGUUUGGGAAUGUGCUUUAGACCUGGCAGAAUAUUUAUGCAAAAGUACUGUUCAUUUUAAGAACAAAAAUGUUUUGGAGCUUGGUUGCGGUGCAGGAAUUCCUGCUAUUUUAGCGCUGUUAAAUGGUGCCUCAAGUGUUCAUUUUCAAGAUUACAAUUAUGAAGUUAUUGAAAGCUAUACCAUACCAAAUGUGAUGUUAAAUGUGCCAGAGAAGAAUACAUGUACCUGUAGAUAUUUCUCAGGAGACUGGGAUAGCUUUAGGAAUCAUAUGUCCAACCAAAAUAUACAGUAUGAUGUCAUCUUAUCGGCUGAAACAAUUUAUAAACCUGAAAACUACAAGAAACUUACAGCCAUAUUUGAACACUUCCUGUCUCAAGAUGGUGAAAUAUAUGUAGCUGCCAAGUCCAAUUAUUUUGGUGUAGGAGGAGGAACGAGGGAUUUUGAAAGUUUUGUCCUGAAAGCUGGAAAAUUUAACGUGGAAACAUGUCAUACAGUUGAAACAGGUGUUCCAAGAGAGAUCAUGAAAUUGACAAGGCGGUGAAAUUCAUACUGUUAAAGGGAGACUACUGCUGAUAAAUAACCAUUUAUACUACAUGUAGUUACCUCCCAUUAAGCUACAAAAGUGCAAUAUUUAAAACGGGCAACACUAAGCUUUUAACACAUGGUUGAACAAAGGAUCAAAGUAAUUUAGUGUGUGAAUCUGCUUUGAAUACAGAUAAGGGAGACUCAGUGUUUAUAAUGUGACUGACUUACGUUCCUGUUAAUUUCACUAAGUAAAUGCCAUACAACAAUUAAGCAUUUUAUUGGAAUAGCCUUAGUGAACAAAUCUAGGACUUUCCAUUAUCUAGUUAUUCCUUUGAAGGACCUGAGGGACAUAGAUAGAUAAAUCUAAUAAUCCUUGUACUGGUAGGAUGACUAUGUAUGAAUUUAUUUAGAAAUAAAUCAGAUUGGAAGUAUACAAGCAGUGU